GGAAAAAAAAGAUGUGAUGCCGCAGGCUGUAAAACAUCCGCCACCAAAAUAUCAUGAUCACCGGUGCUUCUUCUUCAAGCCCCUCCCGCUUCUCCCAACGUGUCGACCCGGCAGAGGAUCUCUCCCCCCCCAAGAAGGGAUGUAUAUGUUUUUAGUGAUUUUCGUCGUCGUUACGUCUAAAAAAAGAACGACUUGCACAUAAUGGAGGUGGACUCGCUGCAGCAGCCGGUGUUUCAAAGUCUCAGCAAAGGCGCCUGCAGGAAAGGUCGCUUUAAAGGUUCGGACGGGAGCACGUCCUCGGAUACCACCACCGCCAGCCUUGUACGUCAGGGUUCGGCCGAUUCCUACACCAGCCGUCCAUCGGACUCAGAUGUGUCUCUGGAGGAGGACAAGGAGGCAGUGCGUCGAGAGGCAGAGAGACAAGCUCAGGCGCAACUUGACAAGGCCAAGACAAAACCAGUCGCGUUUGCCGUCCGCACAAACGUCAACUACAGCCCCAGUCACGACGACGAUGUGCCCGUACCCGGCAUGGCGCUCUCCUUCGAGGCCAAAGAUUUCCUUCACGUCAAAGAGAAAUUCAACAACGACUGGUGGAUAGGGCGCCUGGUGAAGGAAGGCUGCGAGAUCGGUUUCAUUCCCAGUCCGGUGAAGCUGGAAAACACUCGAGUCCUCCAAGAGCAGAGAGCCAAACAGGGCAAGUUCCAUUCCAGCAAACUGGGAGCAAACUCCUCCUCAAGUUUAGGUGAAGUAGUUUCAAACUCCCGGAAGUCUACUCCUCCUUCGUCCGGUAAGUGUCCCAAGCAGAAGCAGAAGUCGACGGAACACAUUCCUCCAUACGAUGUGGUGCCUUCCAUGCGGCCCGUGGUUCUCGUUGGACCGUCACUGAAGGGCUACGAGGGUUCGCCUUGCCCUUGUCUAACCUUGCCGUUUUUUUUUUGUUUUGUUUUGCCCCGCAGAAUCUCCAUCACUCGCGUCACGGCGGACAUCUCGCUCGCCAAGCGCUCCGUCCUGAACCAUCCGAGCAAGCACGCCAUCAUCGAGCGCUCCAACACGCGCUCCAACUUGGCCGAGGUCCAGAGAGAGAGGGAACGUAUCUUCGAGCUAGCGCGGACGCUGCAGCUUGUCAUCCUGGAUGCGGACACCAUCAACCACCCAUCCCAGCUGGGCAAGACGUCCCUGGCCCCCAUUAUCGUCUACGUCAAGAUCACCUCCCCCAAGGUGCUGCAGAGACUCAUUAAGUCGCGAGGCAAGUCUCAGGCCAAACACCUCAACGUCCAGAUGGUGGCGGCCGACAAGCUGGCGCAGUGCCCGCCCGAGAUGUUUGAUAUCAUCCUGGACGAGAACCAACUGGAGGACGCGUGCGAGCACAUGGCCGACUACCUGGAGGCCUAUUGGAAGAGCACCCACCCCAACAGCUGCGACGCCCCGGACCCGCUGCUGACCAAGAUGCCCGCUGCCACCUUGCCCUCCUCCUCAGGCGUGCAGGGUGGCGGAGCCGAACAUCGAUCAGACAAGGCGCUCGUGGAGAGGAAGGGCUCCAGAGAGUACCACCACCAUCACCACCACCACCACCACCAGAACCAGGACCAGGACCAGGCCGACGGCGAGGAGGACGGCGCCGACGAGGAGGAGCGCCCGCUGAGGACCGAGUCGUCCAGGAGAGGACCGCCUCCCGCCCAGCACCGCUCUUAUUCCGCCAGGACUGAGCACCACAACCACCACCACCACCACCACCGACACCACCACCAUCACCACCACCACCGAAGCAGGGGCCUCGCCCGGCAGGAGACUCUGGACUCGGAGAGCCCCGAGAGCCGCGAGAACAAGGACGCCGCUUACACGGAGCCUCGCACUCAGCUCCUCCACCAGCACCAGCAGCAGGACGCCGAGCAGGAAGAGGCGGAGGAGGAGGAGGAGGAGGAGCAAGAAGAGGAGGAGGAGGACUUAAGAGAGCCCCAGCAAGCCCACCGGGACCACAACCACCAUCAUCAUCACCACCACCAUCAUCGUUCCAAGGAACGCGAACAGGACCACAAUGAACGUAACAAGCAGCGCACUCACCACCAUCACCAUCAACAACAACAACAACAACAAAGGCCGGCGCGGGACCACCACCACUACAACAGAGAGCCCAAAAAGAGGGGCGACGCAGGGGAAUGGGCGGGAGACUCGUACAUCCCCCAGUAGACCGCCUUUGAACUGCCCUCCCCGAGGAUCCAUUUCCUCCCUCCGUUUGUGCUGCUACACCUCCAAACCACCGCAUCCUAUUUAUAUCCACUUCCUUCCGGUUUUUGACGGCAGCGUUUCUAUGAUGUGGAUACAAGCAUAGAGUGGAUUUGAAAAGUCUGCACACCCCUCUUCAAAUGCCAGGUUUUUGUCAUUUAAAAAAAAAAAGACCAAGUAUCGUCUGACCAUGUCAGGAAAGCCGACUAGAACAUCUGAACUUUAUUCAGAGUGAAUGGAAGGCAUCGCUGGUACAGACGAACAACCCUUCACCCUCAUAGUCACACCUAUCGAGAAUUUAGAGUGUUCAGUUAACCCACAAUGCAUGGAAUGUGGCAGGAAACCGGAGUACCCGGAGAAAAGCCACACAGGCACGGGGACGAACAUCCAAACUCCACACAGGGAGGCCGCAGCCGGAUGCGAACCCGUGACAUCUGCACUGUGCGGCGGAUGAAACCAGUCAACCACCGUGCUGCCCCCGAACUAAGCAAAUAAAUACAUUAAAAAAAAUUAAAAAAAAAUCAGAAAGCCAACUAGAACAUCUGAACUUUAUUCAGAAUGAAUAAGGACUUCAUUGCAGGUGUGUACUGACACUCAUGUGCUCGAAUGUGAUUGGUUCACUUAUAAGAGGGUGUGCACACUUGAGGAAACACAAUUUCACAUUUUAUUUUUCCUUUUUUUUGUUUGUUUGUUUUGGAAGGUUUUAGGUCACAUUAAUGGUGGAACGAGUCUGACGUGGUCUGACUCUCUUUUAAUGACAAAAGUCUGGCAUUUGAACAGGAGUACGGAGGCUUUUUAUAUCUCCAUACGCCUGUAUCUGCACAUAGAUCCUUCUGGAUAUGCAUGAAUGUUCACUCUAAUAUGCAUAUUUGAUAAAAGAAAAAGCAUGACUUUUUGUACACGU